GUCGCCCUGACUUGCAUGCACAUGUUUAUUUUGCGUUGAGUCUCGAAUGAUUAAGGUUGUGCGAUCUAGUUUGAUGGUAUUUUAGCCUAAAAUAUGAGUGAAUUGCAUUGCGAAAAAUAUAAUAUACUACCAUCGGAAGGUAAUAGAUCUCGAAAGAAAGUUAAAACGCCGUCUAAGCGGGAAAAUGCAAAACGCAACAGAUAUUCUGCAAAAUUAUUGCCAACAUUUCCAAAAUGUGGGCAUGUAGGUAAGCCGUACCAGCCCUUUCAAUGUAUAUCACUGCUGACCAUGAGAGAUAUAAAAAUUUUUUAUGACUCAUUUCACAAAACAUCAGAGAAAAUCACCCAGGACAAUUUUAUAUUGAAGCACUGCAGCGUUACUGAUCCCAAAAGAUCAAGAAAAGAACAAGAAAAAAAUAAGCCGAAAUAUAUGUCAGUGAAAUACUAUGUGAAAAGAAGAGAUGGGCUAAUGGUUAAUGUGUGCAGACAGAGUUUCAUGAACAUUCUGGGAGUGAAGAAAGACAGGAUUUUGAAUGUAGUAAAACGGUACAAGGAAAGCAAUGAAAUGCCCAAAGAACGACGUGGAGGUGAUCGGACAAAAGGUAAAAAUAACACAAAGCGAGCGGCUAUAAAAGAGUUUGUUGAAUCACUGAAGUGCAUAGAGUCUCAUUAUUGCCGAUCUAAGACAUUCAGUAGAAUUUAUUUGCCUGCAGAACUAAAUAUCAGGAAACUUUGGAGAAUGCUUAACAAUACCGUGGACAAAGAUCUUCAGGGGACUUCUAAAGGAAAAAUAAGUCCAACUUCAGUCAAUUCCUAUGUAUGGACUGAACUAGAUCAUCAAAGGGGAUCCAAUGAAAUAGCAGCAGCAUUAUAUCAUACUCUCAGCACAUUUAAAUUUAGCGAAUCUACUAAAGUCGUUCGCCUUUUUUGUGAUGGUUGCGGUGCGCAAAAUAAGAACUCCAUCGUCAUUGGGAUGUUAUCCCAUUGGUUAUUAAAGUGCAGUACCCCCAACAUAGACAAAAUUGAAAUAUUUUUUCCGGUUUUGGGGCAUUCCUAUAUUCCACCAGAUAGGCUAUUUGGACAAAUUGAGAAGGUUAUUAAAAAGUCACCUGAAAUUACAAGUCCAGAACAAUAUAUGAAAGUAAUAGAGAACUGGGGAAGCAUCUACAAGUUGGGAGUUGAUGUUCCUGUACAGGACUGGAAGUCAAAAGUUCAGAUAGUUAUGAAACCAACAUCACAGUGGCAUUUCAAUUUGCAAGUGUCCAAACGCAUCAUAAUUUCAAAAACUGAAACCGGUUAUGCAGUAAGAGGUGAAAGUUUCUAUAAGAAUGACAUGGGCACCAACCAGUCGCUGCUGAGGAGAGGAAGAAAGUUGGACAUCAAACCAAGCACUGUAGACAUUGGAAUGCCAUUGAAAUCGGAUAAGAAGAAGAGUAUCAGUAAUUUGAUUGCAAAACAUUACGGAAGUAAUUGGCGAAAUGAUGAAGCCUUAUCAUUUUUCAAAAGUGCCUUCGAUGAACUUCCUCUCCCAUCCACUUCAAACUCACGAGAUUGUAAUGAGGCUAAUACAGAGUUGUUUUGUUUAGAAGAAACUUUAGAUUUUGAUAUUUAG